AUGUCGAUCGAAUAUCAACUGGCCAGGAUCAUGUCCUUGGCGAUGCUUUCCGGCCCGUUUGUAAUCGUCAUGUUAUCACCCGCAUCCGGCCGGGGCGCUAACCGGCAUCCCUCACUUAUUUCGGCGUAUAUAGCGCUUGUUCUGCCAGCAUUGUUGUCGUUCGUCGCCUAUCCCGCCACAGUGGACGCUCAAAUAACAUGCUACGGUUUUGCCGGCCAAGCCUACACAGACAAUACGCUCUGUCCUGGAUCCAACGCCUGCUGCGGCCGAAAAGCGACCUGUCUAUCCAAUCGACUAUGUCACAACCCAAACGAUCCAGAGGGUUUAUGGGUGAGGGGUCCAUGUGCAAUCCGGGAAUGGGAUGACAGCUGCGGACAGAUCUGUCUUUACAACGAAACAGCCGCCAGCAAUGGGGUUCUGCCGCGUGUAGUACAAUGCCGCGAUGGUAGCCUUUGCUGCAACAACGAUCCACAAUGUUGCCAGGAUGGCAAGGGGACCUUUCUCGAUGAAGGGGGGGAAAUCGUAUCAACUCGAGCAACAGGUGCUACCACCAGCUUCCCCCCGUUAAGCGAGACCGGUACCGUCAGAACAACAGUCCCUGUGCCCACCACCUCAACAUCAUCUUCCUCUACAUUUUCCUCUACGUCCUCCGAAUCCACAUCUUCUUCCUCGACAACGGAAAUCGUGGUGCCGCCCACGAAUGCCGGACCAGCAACACCAGCGCCAACCCCCUCGGACGAAGAUAAGAACGGACUCAAGAUAGGAUUAGGCGUGGGUAUUCCCUGUGCUGUGUUAGUUGCUGCUUUGUUGGCAUUUUUGUUCUUCAGGCGGCAGAAGAAAAAGGCCCCCAACGGACCGGUGGCAGAGCUACACGGGGCCUCUCGUGAUAUGGUAGAGGUUCAUGGGCAUGACGCUCAUGCAGGAGGGUAUUAUCGCUCAGAGUUUCAGUCCAAGAUGCCACCCCUCUAUUCUGGUGCCAGGCCGGUGGGUGAUACUCAACAAAAGCAUCCAAUAGAAAUGGGAGGUGAGAUGCCCACAGAAUUGGACAGCGGCCCGAUGCCGGGAAAUGUGGUACACAUGAGGAGAGCCGAGAUGGGUUAG